GAAGUAAACAUGCAACAUCAAUGGAGCCUCUAAUUAUCAAGUCAUUAUUUGGUUGUUUUUACUAUGAAACUUCAGCAGAGAGCACUUGCAGUAGUUGUACUGAUCGCCAUAGUGUGGAUUUGCUUAUCAGUAUUUAAGGUACACAUUGAUAUUGAGAUCGUAGGUGAUGAGAAAGAUCAUGAAAAACUGCAUAAAAAGGAAAGAAGUUCAAAUUUAAGUCCAGCAAAGAACAAGCAACCACCACCACCCAGAUUCAACAGACCCGUCAAGGACGACAACCCUAAUGAACUUGUACCCCCUUUCAUUGGUAAAAGAAACCUGGCACCUAUCUACGUGCCAUGGUCAGAUUACGAGAGUCCAUACAGAAAAGAAAAAGAAGAUGAGCUUCACGAAACAUACAGAUUUAAUAAAUAUUUAAGUGACAGACUUCCUAUGAACAGAGACGUGGAGGACACUAGACCUGGGUCGUGCUCGUUACAAAGGUUUCCCAAGAACUUGGGAACUGUGUCGGUAGUGUUGAUCUACUAUAAUGAAGCCGUGUCCGUUGUGUUCAGGACUAUUUACAGUGUGAUAAACAGGUCGCCAAGGAGGCUGCUGCAUGAGUUUGUGCUUUACGAUGAUGGCAGUGUGUGGGAGGAGAGUAUCGGACCGAUGAAGGCGGAAGCGGAGAAAGUGUUAGAUGUACCGAUACGUUACGUCCGCAACACUACACGUGGGGGCCUGAUGCGCGCACGAACCUCCGCUGCAAACUUCGCCUCCGGAGAUAUCCUCAUCUAUCUAGACAGUCAUUGUGAGGUACUACCCGGCUGGUUGGAGCCACUGAUAGAGCCUAUUUUCAGGGAUCCCACCGCAGUUACGUGUCCUGUGAUCGACACAAUCGAAUGGGACACAAUGGACCUCGUGAGUGGGCGACAGCCAAUGUCUGCUAUAGGAUCGUAUAACCUUCUGCUGAACUACAACUGGUACCCUAUACCGGAGCAGGAGCAACAGAGGCGACGUGCAGAACACGGUAAAGACUGGGCUAUUUCUCCUAUCAGGUCGGCAGCGAUGGCUGGGGGAUUGUUUGCGAUAAACAGAAAGUAUUUCCACGACUUGGGAGCGUACGAUACUAAAAUGAACGUUUGGGGCGGAGAAAAUACGGAAAUCAGUAUCAGGAUUUGGACGUGUGGUGGAACACUACUCUUUACCCCUUGCUCCAAAGUUGGACAUAUCUUCAGACAUGGAUACCCUUAUGAUUUCAUGGGCGAUCAUUUCCAAACUGUACUGUUCAACUAUAAACGUGUAGCCAAGGUUUGGAUGGAUGCAGAUGAAGAGUUCUACUAUAAACUCCGUCCCAUGGCGCGUGAGAAAGAUGUUGGAAGUGUUGCUGAAAGAUUGCAACUCAGAAAGGAUCUUCAAUGCAAGUCUUACGAGUGGUUUAUUAACACUAUUACCCCCAAUCUCGUACUGGAGAAGGAUCUUUCUCAAUAUGGCCAGAUGAAGAGUGGUUACAAGACAAACUUCUGUAUUGAUAAUCUGGGUAAUGAAUACAAGGGGCACGGGCUGAGUAUAGGAACAUACCCCUGCCACCCUGCUGACGGUGCUAUUGAUAACCAGUUCAUGAUGUUAACAAAAUCAGGAAUAUUCCGAACUAUUGACAGAUGCAUGACCAUCUCUAGUCGGAAUGUACUAGCGAUGAGCCACUGCUUCGAUUUCAACAAACCUAGCUUUACUUGGGAAUAUAACGAAAAUGAUAAAACAUUGAAACAUAUGAAGAGUGGGAAGUGUUUGGACUACGGUGCCGCAGAUAUGGCAACCCAAAUGACCGUUGUCAGCUGCAACGGCAGCGACAAGCAGCAGUGGACAUUCACCUAUAAUAAUUAAUUAAUUAAUUAAAUGACUCGAUAAUUGAUUGAACUGAUGAAUCAUCGUCAAGUUAGACGAAUUUAACUGAGUUUUAGCAGUUGAUUAAUUAUGUGAAUCGUUUUGUUCGCGAGUGAUGGUGUAGGAUCAAAGGGUUAUUUCAGAUUUUUAGAAUUCGUUUUCGUAUGAUGUGAAAGUGUUCAGCUGUAUAUAAUUUCAAGUUUUCAGACUCUGACAGUUAAGUUUUGAAGUAAUUAAUGUUUCCAGUUUAAGUUUCGUGGUUUAUAAGUAUUUUUCGGUUUAGGCGGAUCAUUAGGACGGAAAUGAAGUUUUAGUCAACUAUUGGCAAAACUUGUGCGAUUAUAUACGAUUAUUUUUUCUCAAAAGAUGAAUUAAAUUUUAACAUAAAUAUUAAAUAACAAAGUACAGUCUGCAAAAUUCUUGAAAUGGGCUGAAUUAUUAUUUCCAGUUGGACGGUUGAACUUGAAAAAAUAUUUGAACAAUAAAAACGCAAAGUCAGUAGCUGCUAAUAUAGUAAUAUCUUUAUGUUGUUUUAAAAUAUCAAGUUGAUUUAAGCUAACCCGAUUAAAUGCAAUUUAUUAUUUUCAUGCUGAGUAAUUAGCAAACAUUUGUCUCGCUGGGUGGAACUGCACUGGGUUUUGGACUUUGCAUUUAAUGAUACACCAUUAUUAUGACUAAACAGUUGACGGUACUUUAGUGGAUAUUUAGCUAGCACAUUUUAUGCAUAACAAAUAUGAAUGAUA